AUCUGGGUCGUUCGAGAGUGUUUACUAUGAAUGUCAGCGUAUAGGUGCGCUGCAAUGUGUCGGUGUCUGCUCCUUUCACCACGGAGACCCGAGAGUCUGCGCAGUUGACCGCAGUGGUUCUGCUCAGUGUCCAAUGGAGCUCAUAAGAGACACUGCACUGGAAUGAGGCUAAAACGGAAGUCCUGAUGUAGCUCAUCCCGAUUGUUGCUUCGGAAAGGGGCAGCGGCAUGGCCCUGCAGGCAUCUCCAUUUCCUAAUGGGUGUGUUGCAGGCAUCCAUGCUGUGGGAUGGGCAUUCAUCCUGCCCUGCUUCUGGUUUCUUGAUCGUCUCAUUGCUUUGUGCAAGUCCACCACCCCGGAGCGAACCCAGCGCCUCGAGAAGGAAUGCUACCUCCACCCCCUCAAGGUCUUCUUUGGCUCGAUUAUCUUUUUUAUUCUUUUUCUCGUAACGGCCCCUUUGGGCUUCCUGGGAUUUAUGCUCUGGGCACCUCUCCAGGCUUGCCGCAGGCCCUUUCACUACCACAGAGAGACACCAGCCUCACCAGACGAGACGCACAGGGGCUUCGAGUUAGUAGGAAAGGCCUCAUUUGGAUUUGCCACAGCCAACCUAUGUCUGUUGCCUGACAGCCUGGCUCGUUUCAACAACCUGGGGCACACCCAGCACAGAGCGGCUGUGAUUGGUCAGCACAUUGUGCAGGGUGUGUGUCGACCCCAUAGCCGCAUCUUUGUUGACUCCCCCAGCAGCUGUGGAACUCCCAGUCCCUCCAACAGCAUACUUCCCACCGUUAACUCCUCUUCAUAUGGGGCUCCUGAUAAACAUGCACCAGUGAGUCAUCACUCUGAUUCAGCUGGAGUGCAUGUUUCAAUCCCACUGUCCAAUAGUCAGGUUACCUGUGAUGACACAGAGGAGCCCUCGACUGACUCCCCUUCUCUGCUUUUGAAUAUGAAUGACGACUCCAACCAGCAAGGCCGGGCAAGUCAGCGGAGUGUUCCCCGAGCUUCGCUCUCGCAGGGUCUCCGCCAACAGGACGAUGUGCCCUGGGAAGUCUCGUCAUUGUUUCCAGCCAAUGUGGACAUCCUGUGUCUCGAAGAGGUGUUCGAUAAGCGGGCGGCCAAGAAGCUCACCCAAGCACUAAAACCCGUGUUUGGACACAUACUGUAUGACGUUGGCGUGUACGCCUGCCAGCCACCAUGCAGGUGUUCCUCUUUCAAGUUCUUCAACAGUGGGCUGUUCUUAGCCAGCCGGUUCCUUGUGCUUGAGGCCGAGUACCACUGCUUUCCCAACAGCCGCGGGGAAGACGCACUAGCUGCCAAAGGCCUCCUUUCCGCUAAGGUGCUAAUCGGGCAGAAUGAGAAACAGAAGAAUGUGGUUGGCUAUUUUAACUGCACACAUCUUCAUGCACCAGAGGGAGAAGGGGAAAUUCGCUAUGAGCAGUUAAACCUUGUUACCAAGUGGAUUGGUGAUUUUCAAGCUGCCAACAAACUGCCCGACGAGGACGUGGCUUUUGAUGUGCUCUGUGGAGAUUUCAACUUUGACAACUGCUCACCUGAUGACACCCUGGAGCAAAGCCACUGUCUGUUUGAGGACUAUAGAGAUCCUUGUAGGGCAGGUCCUGGAAAAGAGAAGCCCUGGGUCAUUGGUACUCUGCUGGAGCAGCCCACAUUGUAUGAAGAUGACAUAAACACCCCAGAAAGUCUUCGAAGAACUUUGGAGAGCGAGGAUCUGAGAAAGCGGUACAUCUCCCCUCCUGUUCCUGGAAAAGACCGACCCUUGGUUUACCCUGAGACUGGCCAGCCGUGGAUCGGACGUCGGAUCGACUACAUCCUGUACCGCGAAAACUCCGUUUCAAAGCACUGCCGAACGGAAAUUGAAGAGGUUACCUUCAUAACCCAGCUGGCUGGCCUGACGGACCAUAUUCCCGUGGGCUUGAGACUGAAUGUUAUUAUGGACUCUGCGGGUUAACGACGACAAUGAAGGCAGCAUCGCGUACAAACAAAGGGAACAAAAUAUACAAAUUGUGAUGAUCUAUACCAUUACAGCAAUGCUUUGUUAACUAACUAGAAUUUGUGGUUUCUAUGACUUUGGGACCAAUUAAAUUAUGCCUCAGGAUUUAUUGAAAUUCUAUGUUUACAAUUUAUAUAUAAUGCCCAGUUAAAGGGAGAUGCAUUGCUUUUGUAAAGUUUUUAGGAUUUUUCAUUCUGAUAUUUUUCCUACAGAAAUAAAUGUAUAUUAUAAACAUUA